AUCCGACUCCAACUGCAACGGUCUCACAGGCUCUUCCAUAGAAGAGAUGAAUGUAUUCAACGAAUCAGACGGCGGUGUUGAUCUCCGGCGUCCCACUGCGCGUGUGGCCAAAGUCCAGCUGGCCGUGGCUUCCCUGCUAGGAGUUUUCGCUUUCCUGUGUUUCUGCGUGCUGAGGAACACAUGGUCGAAGCUGUAUGCGUCGAGAUUUGCCAGGAGGAAAGGGCUGCCAGAGCUCCCGACAAAGGCUCUGUUCGCGUGGGUGCCCGUUGUGUGGAAGAUUGAUCAGAGCGAUGUUCUCGAGUAUGCCGGCUUGGACGCGUUUGUGUUCUUGAACGUGUUCAGGUUCGCCAUAAAGCUGCUGACCAUCAUGGGUGUGCUGGCCACACUGGUGAUCUCCCCUGUGAGGUACCACUUCACGGGCCGUUAUGACGAAGGUGACGAUAAGGCGUUGAACUUUGUAUCAGGGUGGAUGAAGAAAUCGUCCAAGGACAAGCCAUAUCUAUGGGUGUACGUUGGGUUCACGUACGUCUUCACCUAUUUGACGUUGACUUUGCUGAUCAGACAGACGAAGUACGUUGUCAAGGUGAGACAGGAGUAUCUUGGGAAGCAGAACUCGAUCACUGAUCGAACGAUACGGCUUUCAGGCAUACCACCUGAGCUCCGGGACGAGAAGAAGCUCAAGAGACAUAUUGAGGAUUUGAACAUUGGGAAAGUGUCCUCCAUCACGAUAUGUCGGGAGUGGAAGCCCCUGAAUAAGCUGUUCAAGCAACGUAAGGCCGUUCUCUACGCACUGGAGGAGAAAUGGGCAGAGUAUCUUGGCCCGUUCUCCUUCAGCAACACGAAGCAGAAUAUACCUGUGAGGAGGGUGCGUGAGUCCUUUAGACUACAGAGAAGUGGACAGUUCCGUGAUGAUGAGGAUCACAGUGAUGAGGAUCACACUGAUGGCGAGGACGAGCAUGUCCACACGGACGAAGAGGCGGAAGCGGACGUUACGCACGACACCUCGACAGAGUCGCUCAUCGAUGACGAUUACAGAUCAAUCCAGGAAUACUCCAACAGGACAGCUUCUGGUCAAGUGCACAUAUCAGAGCAGCCUUAUAACCAUGUUAGACCAACGUUGAAGACUGGGUUCUUGGGACUAUUCGGCAAAACAGAGGAUGCGAUAGACUACUACACGAACCAACUGGAAGUUCUCGAUGAGGAGAUCUUGAGGGCAAGACAAAGACACUACCCAGCAACGCCAACGGCCUUCAUCACGAUGGACACUGCUGCUUCUGCACAGAUGGCUGCACAGGCAGUGCUUGAUCCAAAAGUCCAUCAUCUGAUCACAAGGCUGGCACCUGCACCUCACGACAUCAUCUGGGAUAACAUUGUCCUAUCACGUAAAGAGAGAUUAUUCAAAUUGUACUCAAUCACAGUCAUCAUUGGCAUCAUCAGCGUUACAUUGAUUGUUCCUGUUGGUUAUCUGGCAACGUUGCUUAACCCGAAGACCAUAAGGGAGUUCUGGCCAUGGCUGGCAGACUUCCUGGAGCAGAAUGAAUGGGCAAGAAACACAGUUUCUGGUUUGCUUCCAACAUAUUUGUUCACCUUGCUCAACUUUGCUAUUCCCUUCUUGUACGUUUGGCUCUCCUCUAAACAGGGGUUCAUUUCGCAUGGCGAUGAAGAACUGUCUGCAGUUUCUAAGAACUUCUUCUAUAUCUUUGUCAAUUUGUUUCUUGUUUUCACCACUGCCGGUACAGCAUCUAAUUACUGGGGGUUCUUAAGUGACACUACACAGAUUGCAUAUCAGUUGGCUCGGUCGCUUAACGAGCUCUCGCUCUUUUACGUUGAUUUGAUAGUGUUCCAAGGCUUGGGCAUGUUCCCCUUCAAAUUGUUACUGAUUGGUUCUUUAUUGAGGUUUCCCUUCAUUAGAACUGGCUGUAAGACUCCAAGGGACUAUAGAAAUCUUUACAAACCACCAAUCUUCAAUUUUGGAUUACAUCUACCGCAGCCCAUCCUGAUAUUGAUCAUCACGAUCAUUUACUCCGUGUUCUCUGCAAAGAUUGUCAUCUCAGGGUUGUUGUACUUCAUCAUUGGGUAUAACGUCUACAAGUACCAACUGAUGUACUCGGUUGUCCAUCCACCUCAUUCCACUGGUCAGGUAUGGCCCAUCUUCUUUAGACGUAUCAUUGUUGGGUUGUUACUAUUCCAAUUGACCAUGACCGGUACGCUGGCCACUUAUCACGACGGUUAUAUUUUGGCGAUGACGUUGAUUCCAUUACCACUGGCAACCAUUGGUGUUUUACUCAAUUUCCAGAAGCAUUACCUACCGUUAUCCUUCUUUAUUGCUCUUCGUGCGUUUUACAACGCCAGAGAGGAGGAACGCUGUAUUGCCAACGCUGAAGAGACCAUUGGUGAUGGAGCAUUCACACCGGUACACGAGAGACACAGCUCAACUGAAUCCACGGAUGUCUUGACAACCCCAGUGCAACGCAUUCGUUCCCGUACUGUUGAUGAGACCAGAGAACAAAACUUGACGUAUGCAUACCCAUAUUUGAUCCAACCUUUAGAUGGCCCGUGGAUUGCACUGGAAGGUGAUGAUGUUGUCGUUGCCAACAGCGAAGGAACAGUACGGAAGAAGAUCACGCUUAUGGAAUGGGAAUGA